GUUCAGCCAACCCUAUUUGUAGAGUUCCUCCUUCAGUGGUAACCCUGAUUAGUAGAACCUGUCAAACAACAGCAGGUACACGCUCUCUCUUCCUGCCUUGAUAAAAACUCUGGGAUUACACUGUGCAGAAAUGUGUCUGACAAAAGAGGAAGAAGCAUCAAUACAGAACAGUGACUGGAUGUCUCGGCUUCCACCUGAACUUCACACCGUUCCUCUGUAUAAUCUGGCCAUACCAGGAAGCCACGACUCCAUGAGUUACGACUUGGACGUUAACUCUUCUAUAAUAGAGCCUGAUAGACUGAAAAGAUUCAGCGGAAUUUACUGCCUGCGUAAAAUAGUGCGCAGAUGGGCAGCCACACAGGACGCGGCCAUCGCAGCGCAGCUCGAUGCAGGCGUCCGCUACUUCGACCUGAGGAUCGCUCGAAAGCCAAACGACCCCAAUCCCACGCGGCUGUACUUUUACCACGGCCUGUACACUCGCACCGACGUGGAGACUGGUCUCAAGGAGAUACAUGACUGGGCAAAGGAACACCCCAAAGAGAUCCUCAUCCUGUCUUUAUCCCACUUUGAGGGCUUCGACCCGGAGAUCAGAGCGCAACUCCACACACACCUCAUCAACUUCAUCAAGACCUUGUUUCGGAACAUCAUCGUCAACAGAUCGGGUGCUCCGACCCUGAAGAGCUGCUGGGACCAAGGCAGAAACGUCAUAGUUUCAUAUGACUAUCCAGCAAACCAGCAUCCAGAGAUAUGGGGGAAGAUCAUAUACUUCUAUGGCAACACUAUGCACCCCGCGAAGGUUGAAUCAAAACUGUGUCAUGUUUUGGAGAAGGAAAGACCUUCAAAACGUUUUUUCGUUUGCGGCCUGAACCUGACGUUGCCGAGUGACGCCAAGGUGCUGGUGUACAUCCUCCGCCUUUUCGACAGCCUCGGCGGAGUGGUACUGAGGAGCCUGCCAAAGCUGCUGGCGUGGCUGAAAAAGCAAUCAGAGAAGACAGCUGUGAACAUCGUGGCCUCGGACAUGGUGACGCACCAGGACUUUGUCUCAACAGUUAUUGAUAUCAACUUAAAACAUGUGACAGGGUGAAGAAAACAGCUGAGAAUUUUGAUUGUCUUUAUGUGUUUGGUCAUGUAUUUCAGUUUGAAAAGGACAAAAAGAAGGGACUCUUUUUCAUUUGCUUCUAUCAUUCUAAAACUGAUUUUUUUCCCCUCCACAUUAUGGGAAAUUGACUUUAAGGGCUGUUGGGAUCCAUCAGUUCAUCUUCUAGGCAGCUGUAUCCAAUUCAAGUGCUCUGGAAAUAUCCCAGAAGGCUUGGAAUCACUGUGGACCGAUCACAGGAAGCAGACAUUAUCAGACACAGAGAGAACAUGCCAAUUCUGUUGUGUCAAAUAAUUUUGUGACCUCCAAAGAAUGUGACAAGAUGAGCUGAUAUUUCACCCAAAUCUUUAAACCAAGUCAUGUAUACUUAAAUCAAAUGAAAUACAAGUUAGUUUUCCAUUUCUGUAUCGAUGUAUGCUCAUAUAUUCUGUCAUAUGCCACGACUGAGGGUGAAUUCACGAUGGGUGGGAAAUACAGUAAUACCUGAUUUACCCACCACACCAAAGUGACAUUGUCUGUCCGUAUUAUUACACAUUAUAUGCAUUUUUAUUUAGACUGCAUUUAAUGUUUAUGAAGUGUUUAAGUAUUUCUAGUCCAUUGUAUUCUAUUCUGUUCUGUUCAGUUGGUUUGAUUAAAUGAUUCAGCAUUUUAAUAACCAGGGUGCUAACUUCAGUAAUGUGGUAAAACAAAGUACCAUAUUUUCCAAAUGAAGAGUCCCAAUUGAGUUUAAAUCUGCCAAAAAAAUAUGUCAUGAAGAAUUAAAAAUGCAUAUUACAAAAUAGAUUGGUGUAUAAGAUGCAUUUGCUUUUCGGAUGAUGUGCAUCUAUAAGUUUUCUCCCAGAGCUGGCUGUUGUGUCUUCAACCCACCAUAAACUUUCUUUAUAUUUACUGUCA